AUGAAUACUACAACCCUCUUGCGAAUGCAGCCGCUUCGGGCAACUGCAUUCCGACAGCCAGCUUUUCGGCAAGCCGCUCUUAGACAAGCCCGACCCUUCCACAACUCGAGGGCUGUGUUUAGAGUAAAGGAAGAGGAACAAAGUGCCCACACAAUUACCCAGAGACUCAAGACCCUCAAGAAGAUCCCCCCGGAGUUGCUUCCUCUCGGCGUCGUCAUUGCCUUUGCCUUGUUCGCUGCCACUUUUGCGAUGGGACGAAAGCUGUUUACAGAUAAAACACUCCGCCUCCACAAGAACCCUCCAAAGGAGCAUUGA